GGAAGGGAUAUCAGAGGCCAUAUAAUUCAACUUCUCAUCCAAAGACAUGACACUUAUGAGUAUCCAAAUGAUUAUUAUGAUGUGGAGCAGCCAGCUUGAAACGCUGUCUUGCUAUUCUAAUAGCCUUCUUGUUAUUCAAAAUGUUUUGGGAACUCUUUCUGGAAUUGCUUUAAAUUCAGUUGGAGUCUAACAAGAAGGUAAACAGGUUCUUAAUAUUCACAACUUAAUUCAGACCCAAAGUACCCAGCUUAAUCACUCUACCUUUUGAUCCAGGUACGCUUAGGGAGUUUUCAAAAAUGAAAUCCUUCAGGAGACAAAAAUUAACCUCAAAGGAGGUUUUUUUUUUUUUUAAAGUAUGCCAUAUGUUCUCAAGUGGUAGUAUUUCGUACAGUGAUAUUGUCAUUAUAGCAGACUCAUAACUUUCUAAUAAAACUGCAUUUAAUAUAGUUUAUUAAAAAUCAAAUUUCUGCCAUCUUUCUUAAAAGUUAAAAUAAAAAAAUCAAUUGAAUUCAUAACUACAUUUUAAAUAUAAGGAGGGAUCUGAGAAAACCAGGUUGGCCUAAGACUUGAAUACUACUAAGCCAGUCUUUUGAAACAAGAAUGAUUUUGUCUAAAAUUUCAGUUGUCAAGAAGAAUGAAUUUUUAGCAUCUAUAUUUCUGUUAAGUAUUACUGUAAAUGUUUACUCUCAUGAGAAGACUUUGUCACUCUCAUGAUUCUGAAUACUGUACUUGUUGGACUGAUUGAGGAUGUUUUUCUUAAACUCUCAUUUUCCUUUUUAUUAGUAAUAUUUUUCUCCAGGAUUUUGAGCCACAACAAAUGAUACCGUGUUGAACCAUAGACUGUUUAGAAUGCCAAGACUGUCAUAAUAAUUGAAGGAAAGCCACUUUCUGUGAAAGAAGCAAAGUUUGAUAGCCUGUUUUAUUGCUAGCUGCUUUUAGCAAAAUCUUCUUAAACCACCACCUACACUCUGAACAAACAAGUAAAAACUAGCCAAUAUGUUUCAAGAAGAUUUAUUUAUUUUUACUAUUCUGUGUGAAAUUAUUUUCAGUUGCAGGACAAUACAUUUUUCUUUCUGAAAAGUAAUGAGAAUUUCUUUAAGAGCUGUUGAUAGUAGUAACCAUUAUUUUGUGGGUAUUAUCCAAGAGAACAACUAAGUAUUUCACUUCACUUUCUCAUUAGACCUCUAACUUGGUCUAUUAGUAGCUUUAUGUGUGGGAUAAAUUUUUUACAUGCUUCUAUUCUAAUUCCUGGAUAAUGAGAUAAAAAUGAGUUUUUGUUUAUUGGUGGUUUAGUAAUACUGCAAUUGCCUAGAUGAAUUUGCUUGCCAUAUGCUAGAAUUUGAUAGAAAAUUGAGCCAGCUUUUACUUGUCCAUGGCAUCAACAUUUGUAAGCAGAAGAAGUAGGGGAAAUUUUUUUCCUCUCAACAAGGCACUCAUGUUUCCACCUCACCAAAAUUAUUUUCAGAUUUACUGUUUUAGCAUUAGGGUAUGGGUGGUAAACUUCUAAAAAGAAGUGCAUUUCUGGUAUUACCUAGAUGUUUAAGUCAAGUGUUUAGAAAUAGUCUAUAAUUUAUAAUUAGGUUUUAGAAUUUAUAUAGGGGAAGGAACAUAAUGAGGCCCUAUUUCUGCCAUUGUAAACAAUGCUUAUAGUCUUGGAAGGCAGAAUAAAUUUCUUAAUGGAAGAUAGUUCAUACUUUUUAAUAAAGUUUGUAUGAUAAUGUUUACUGAUCUUGUGCUGAAGAUCUGCCUUGAACAUUUGAUUUUGUUUCAUGUAUCCUCAUUAUCUCUAGGCUCUAUGUUUAUGGCUAAGAAACUGAAGGAACUAGAACAUAAAUGUUUUGAGGAAUGAAAUGAAUGUUAUCUAUGAAGCUAUAUAAGGAUUUGGUUAGUUUCUAACAUCAAUAAAGUUUCUAUCAGGUAUUAUAAUAUUGGAACCCUUUGUUGAAAUAAAAUGUUUACACUAAGUCCAAUUUAUAAAAGAUGAAAUAUAGCUACAGUGGCUGAGAUGGGGAGAGUGGGCCUCGGUCCGUACUUGCUUGGUACCCGCAUGAUCUUCCCCCACUCUGAAUUUAAGGCCCAGUUUGAAAAUUAGUAGACAGUAAUAAUAAUAUUAAUAAGUUUCAGGUUCAUAGGAAUGCUGCAUAACAUAUAUUCUACUAAAUCUUUAGUAAAGUUUCCAUUUUUUUCUUAUAAAAUAUAAUAAGACUUUAUAAUAGCUAAUUUAGAGUUGAGGAAAAGAAAAAGGGUUAAUUUUACAAGUGAUAUGGUUCAAAAAAAGAAUCUAAAACCACCUGUGUACUCCUUUUUUUCUAAAUGUUUUCUGCCCUCUUCCUCCUUAACUACAUUCACGUUUCUGCUGUCCACGUGUCAUUCCCAGUGGAGUGCUAACUUUUAAGCUAGCAGUUACUUCACCAUGCUUGGAAGAUUUUUUUUGUUUGUAUUGGAAACCCUGGUGGCAUAGUGGUUAAGUGCUACAGCUGCUAACCAAAGGUCAGCAGUUCGAAUCCGCCAGGUACUCCUUGGAGACUCUGCGGGGCAGUUCUACUCUGUCCUGUAGGGUCACUGUGAGUUGGAAUCGACUCGAUGGCACUGGGUUUGGGAUUUGGGUUCGUUUGUGUUAAUGAAGUGGUUAGGUGUACUUUCAGUUUGUGUGAUACACCUUUGAAACAUGAAACAGCUCAUGGGCCCAGUAGUUCAGAGACACAGUUUGAAGUCCUGUAUGCAGAUGUGCCAGUUAUUGGGUGGGAUGGCUCAGGCCCUGUCAGGGUACUGCCAUUUGGGCCAGUGUAGUUUCCUGUGUCUGUACCUUUCUAGCUUAUGCAUUCAUCCAUGGUGUUCUGACAGCAGCAGAGGGUCUUUUAAAUCCAAAAUUGUUUUAAAAGUUUUUCUCUUAAUAGAUGUCUGUUCUAAUGCUUGGCUGCUCUUUUCCUGAGCUCUUGCAUCCCCUCUCUUCCCAGUAAAAUCUUAGUUUGUCUAAUCAGUGAUACUGUGACUUUGGUAUGCGUUGUAUUAACAUUAAUUUAAAAUUUUUUUAAACUGAAAAUUAUAUAAAAUGGGAAAAUACUGCAUAUGCGAAGAAUAUGGUAAAUAAAUAUAUUUGGAAGAAACUGUCUGUUAUUUUAAAAGCAACUUAAAGCUUAUUCAGUAUUAACUGUAUUUGUAAACACAAGUAUUUAUAGUUCAUGUGCAUGAAGGCUUUCGUCUUAUCAUCAGGCAGCUUUAUAUGCUGCACAUAGCCAAAGGGAAGGCAAGUUAACGGAACAGGACUUUCUUGCCUAGGCUAAUGGAGGGGGAGCUAUGUUUCAGAUUACAAAGAAAUAAAACCCAAACCAAACUCACUGCCAUUGAGUCAGUUUCAGCUCAUAGUGACCCCACAGGGUUUCCCAGGCUGUAAAUCUGUCCUGAAGCAGACUGCCACAACAUUCUUCUGCAUGGGCGCUUGUGGUUUCCAAUCGCUGACCUUUCCGUUAGCAGUUGAUCACUUCAACCACUGCACCACCAAGGCUCCUUAUAAAGAACUGGUGGGGCCCAUUUGUGACUUUGUAUCUGCAUCAAGAAAAUAAGUGACACUGGCUCUUCAACUGCCUCUCCAUAUCAUGGGUCAUUCAUUAUUUGCUGCUUGAUUCUUUUUGCUGCUGGCCUUUUAAAACAUACGAGUGAAUCUUUAUAAGAAAACUCCCCUCACCCCAAAAGGUAACAAUUGAGUAGAUUUCUAAUGAAAGGUAAAAACCUGUCGGUCAGAAAAGGGGUGCUUUUUAAGACAAGACUGGGGGAAACCAGUUUUGAAACAAGAUAGGUUGCUUUCCCUCCCUCCAACAAUCCUCGUAUCAAACCAAAACUGUUGCCUUCGAGUCCAUUCGGACUCAUAGUGACCCUACAGGACAGAGUAGAACUGCCCCAUAGAUUUCCAGGGAGCACCUGGUGAGUUCGAACUAUUGAUCUUUUGGUUAGCAGUGGAAUGCUUAACCACUGCAACGGUGGUCUUAAGCACUGACCAACCAGGGCUCAAACCCACUAUGUAUCUAUUAUGGUUAGUACUUGACAUUGCAACAUUCUUUCCACAAAUACCAUGAUGAUAGAGUUUUAGAGACAAAAAUAUGCUAAGAAGCACUGUCUAGUGGCACUCCUGCAGUAGAGGUGGGGUGAGGAGGGGAAAGCACCUUCAGAAAUUAAAUGUGCUCCUAUUUCUUAGACCAAGUGACUUCGUUUCCACUAAGGGCAAAGCCUCAAUGUGGCAGUUUUGUGUUAUUUUUUUGACAAAUUUAUGAAAGUUUAGGGUCUCGUGGUUUUAGGCUUAGUUUGGUGUGGGCGUAAAUUAAUCAAGCACAUGCAUCUUCUGAUGUAUAAAACUAGAAUACCAGUUACAAAUUUAUGAUAAAUCUCACAGUAAUGAUCAGCGUGGUGUGAUCAGCAUUUACUCUCUGUAGAAGACCAAUUUACAGUGAAGAGGAUGUAUCUCCCAGACUGCAUCAUCACCAUGUACCGGCUACUGAAGAUACACUUGUGAACUAAACAAAAGCAUAUUUCUUCCUGUAGGCACAUCAGUGCGGCAUCAGGAGGGUAGAGAGGUGAACUGAAUAAUGACAAAAAACCAAGACCGUCUGGUUUUAAGGAUGCCCUUCUUUGUGGAAGUUAUACUAGAAGUGAUUCAUCCUCUGGAAAGGGUUUGGCUGAGCCAUACCUAAAUUUGCUUUUAUUAAUACCUUCAUUUUUAGCUAUAGUAAAUCCAAAUACUAGUCUACUUUCCACCCAGGUUUCAUCAGGGAGUUUAGUGUGCUUUAUUUAAAUGUCUGCAGGUGUGUGUAUAAUCCCUGACCACAUGCUUAGAAAAUGAGUUGGUAAAAGGUAGAUGCAAAAGCACACCCACUGUCCCCUCUUUCCGCUCCCUCCCCCACUCAGGGCAUGGUUGUGAUCACACUGACUGGCUGUCUUCUGAGAUGUUAUGUCCACUCAAGGCCCUGAGUGACCCUGCUGCUGAGUUGGUGUUAGGCUGCCACAGAAGUCAGCCAAUGCCAACAACAAACAGCCCUGUUUAUAACUGUGGCACUGACCUUCACUCUUAUGUCUUGACAUUUUUUAGAAUUCUUACCUGCUUGUCCUAUUUUGUUGUGGUAUUUUCCAUCAAAGAUGCCAUUAAUAUUUUACAUUAGUCCAUCUUAGGAUUUCCUUAGUAUAAUUCAAAAUUACUAGCGAAGUUUCCUAAGAGUAGCAAUUCUUCAAUAGUGAUGGUCUUACUGUAAUGCUUUUAUGUUCUUGUCUCUUCUUGUGAUUAUAUACUUCUACACCUUUGGCCCAGACCUUUGCUGAGGUUCAAGCUCAUGUGUAUAAUCAAAUACCUGUCAUUUAUACCCAGAUGUUGCAAUGGUACUGCAAACUCAAUAUGCCUACAAGGCCUAAACUGAACUUCCUCCGAAGCUGCCUCCAGCCUGCUGUUCCUCCUCUGUUCCCAGUCUCAGUAAAUGGCACGAUGACUAGACAGUUGCACAGGAGAGAAAAUGAGAAAUAAUCUUUAAUGUCUUUUUAUUUCCACCACAGAUCCAAUCACUUUCCCAAUCCUGUAGAUUUUCCUUUCUAUGUAUCUCUUCAAUCUGUUCACUUAUCUCCAUGUCCUCUGUAUCUUUAGAUUUCUGAACUAGGUAAGAAGGUGAAAAAAGAAUUACUUUGUUCUAGUAUCUGAAGGCUUGAUAAACCAUCUAUGAGCUGAAGCUGGAGUUUUGGGAUCUCUGAAGUUCAGUAAUGUGGUUAUGGUUCCCAACUAUACUGUGGAGUCACAGAACUGGUGAGGAGGAAGGCAGGCAAUAAACUUUGGGGAAAAUUACCUUUCACUACUUGUGCAUUGCUUCUGUCCAUCACCAAUCUUUAAGAUGAACUAGACAGUGCUAUAUGAGAAUACUUGUUUUUUGAAAAUCCAGAGAAAAAUUAGGGUAACGGGAGAUAGGCUCAGACACCCAAGGUAUCCGACUACAAGAAUUGAGGGGUCAUAGAGAUUCUGCUGUUGUUUCUCUUUGCUAUUAUCUGAAAACCAAAGCCUUAAGACUGUCAACACAAAAGCAGAACUGUCAGGCUUUCAGUCAUGUAUUCAAAGUGCUUGUGCCAGGCACUGUGCUUGGUAUUAAGGAAUAUGACGAGUGAACAAGAUACCCAAGUUUUCUUCCCUCCUCAAAUUUAUCUUUGAGAUUAGGGGCAGGCAGACCCUGAAUUCCACCAGCAUUCGUUAUCUGGCAUUAACCAAAAACCCGAACUCACGGCUGUCCAGUCGCUUCUGACUCAUAGCAACCCUACUGGGCAGCGUAGAACUGUCCCAUAGGGUUUCCAAGGAGCGCCUGGCAGAUUCGAACUGCCAACCUUUGGUUAGCAGCCGUAGCUCUUAACCACUACGCCACCAGUGUUUCCAUUUGGCAUUAAGGCUCUCUUAAAAAAAUAAUCCCUGGUGGCGGCAGUUAGGGGCUCCUCUGUGCUAAUGAGCUUAUCGCAUUCUUCCUUGAGAGCAGGUUUUAGAGCCAAGAAGACCCAAUGAUUUUGUUGGGGUUGGCCUCCAGCAUAAAAAUUUCCUCGACCGAGGAAUGCCUUUGGUUUGUUCCAGGGCUGGGCGGCAGAGGACAGCGGUUCAGUGUCCAGGGAAAUCGGGACCGAGAUGCCAAGGUCGGGACAGCAGCCGCAAUGAAGCCUCCAGCGAUGGGAACCCAGAGUUUUAGAUUAUCCAAUUUCCCCCUGAACGUGUCUGUUAGGAAAGUAUGCAAAACAACAAAAAGGAACAGAGCGCUGCCAACAUCUCCACAGGGACCCGCCCUCGUUUCCGGGGCCCCUCCCCUCCCGCGCCGGGCGGGGCCACUCCAGCGCAUGCGCACUGGCACCGCCCCGCCGGCCGCUCGCGAUCGAGGCACCUUCGGAUUCUGUGAGAAUGGCCCGGUUAGACAUUUUUAGUUUAUAUUGCCACUGAACCUGUGCUGUAACUUAAAACGCAUGGAAACUCCGAGAGAUUGUAGGAAUUUUUUUUGUUACUUCCCUCCUUUGCCGGCGCCGCUGAAGGCAGCCGCUAUUGAUGGUUGCUAAGCGUCCGGGUCCUGGGUUUCUAUGACUACAGACGGGCAUUCCGGGAAAAGGCGACGCCGGGUGCUGCCUGGCGGGAAACGCGAUUUGUGGGUGCGGAUUGUAGGUGUCCCUUUCUCGUCACCUCUGAUUCAGAAACAGUGCUAACCCCGCCCAACCCUGGAAUCCGAGGAGCUGGGUGUGCGCGACGGCGCUGUCUGCGGGGCUGGGGCGGGGUCGUGACACCGGCAGACGCGCCUGGAGCGAGGGGCGCCCACUAGGUGGUGCCCGAGAUCUCGUGGCGUGGGCCAGGUGUGUCCUUCCCGGACUGGGCCUGACCCGUACACACCUACAGGCUGCUUAGUCGUGUCAGACGACCUGAGAGAACACAGAGGUCUCCCAAAAGAGGAAAAACACUUGCUGGAUGAAUUCUAAACCCCAAUAUUAAACACUUAAUAGGUGUCUUUUUUUUCUUUUGCCUACAGGACAAUGUGGCAGUCCUCACGUCCCAGUAUGGCGCUGAUUUGUUUCUAGGCUACCUUUCCGGAGGAAUAUUUCAAAUUAUUAAAUAGAGUAAUUGAGGCAUUGUUUAUUAUGUCUCUCCCGAAAACGCCAUCCACAUUGUCAACGCCUGAGGGCAAAAAGUUAAAAGUAUCUGCCUCCAAGGAAGAGACAAGAGGACUUCCUGAACUGAGAGAGAAAAAAAAUAUGGUGGAUCGCUCAAAACCCCUUCCUACUUUCCUCCAGAAUGAGUUCAUACCUGAGGAAGUUCUUCUUUCUCUGACCUAUGCAGCCAGUGCUGGUCCUUGUCCUGAAAACUUACUGCCUCCUAAGAAAAGUAAAACCCCAAAGGGUGGCCUUCUGCGCCCUAUAGACCAUGUCUGGCAUCACCCUGUUCGGAGGAACAAGUUCAAAUACCUGAUUGACCAUCCUGUCUCCCUAACAGGAGCUGGAAGGGAUAUUUCAUUUCUGUAUAAUGUCAAAUAUGUAAAGGGAGAGACUAGGGAGAAUACGGUCUGUCCCCCACAUAAGAACCGUUCAUUACAGUCACAAGAUGGUAUCAUUGUCCCUCAUAAGCCUAAGAGAUUAACAGAUACUUUGAUUCCUGAGGAAUUUCAUAUUGUGUCAAAUACAGGAGUUUCAGGUUUGGAGUGUUACGAUGACAAAUAUACUACUCUGCUCACAGAUAGUGAAAACAGACUCUUGCUCUUCCCAUCCAUGAAACCUAAUAAAAGAGUAGAAGUGUUCCAGCUGAGUGAUGUGAUGGAUACUAUGCUAGAGAGGGCUGGUGUGGAAAAUAAGGAAUAUACAGGGCCAACCCAGAUGCACAAACUACUACAUAUGUUGAAGAAGGAACAGAGCAUUUACAACACAAUAUUUCAUGAACUUAUUCGACAAGUCAGUGUGGACUGUGCAGAUAGAGGAGAGUUACUUUCCAAAAUCAGAGAGAGGUAUGUGCAAAUGCUUGACCAGAUUGCCCGGCAGAUGAUUGACUUCUACAAAGAUUUGGUGGCUCAGCGAAUAAUGGACCAGCGCAUUUUAGAGGAACUGUAUAAUUUCAAGAAUGUUAUUGAGGAACUGACCAGAGAGCUGUAUCUGGUUCGGCAACAUGAUAUAAAAUUAACAAAGGAAGCAGAGAGGGCCCAUAAGGACUUGGCACAAGCUCUUUUAGAUGCUGAAAAGAAUGCAAAAAUUGUAGAAGAAUAUCAUGAUUUAUAUACAUUGCAACGAGGAAGGAUGGAGAGUGAUAUUAAACUGUUAAUGACAGAAAGAGAUAUAUGGAGUUCAGCCACGUAUAAAUUGGCUCUAAAGGUAAUUGUAAGAAAUAAAGUCAUAUUGGCUAAAAGACUUUACCUCAAUGAAAAAGGCUGGAAUAAAUACACUAAGCAUUUCAUCAUACUGCUGUCAACCAAGGACACUGCAGACCUUGCACUGUUGCAGAAGUUGACACAGAAGUGGAGAAACUUAAUGAAUACAUUUAAACAGGAGGUGGAACAAAGUGAAGAGUCUACAAGGGAGACACUACAAACUGUUAAGAAUGGCCUUAUCAAAUGGGAGAAGUUCUUAAAAAAUACUGUUGGAAAAGGCAAGCCUCCUUUUAUUCAGGGAGAUAUAUUGGAUCCAAUUCAUCCAGACUUUAAGCUAUGGGUAAAGAUGCUGAAUGAUGAUAAAGAAAAGUAUACUGGGGAUAUUCUAGUUUCAAAGUAUGAUUCUCUCAAGAUUAUUAAACAUUUACAGGAAAAUUGGGCAGAUAUUGGGCUUGGGAUAUUUAGUCGCCAUAAAGAUAUGGAGGGGAAUAUGCCAUCAGAGCAACUCUACAUGGAGGAAAUUAACAAAACCAUAGGAAAACUCUACAAAGAAUAUGAAGUAAGAAUAAAUGGUGAUAAUGGUAUCUCUAAAAUUCUUCCAAAUGUGAUCAGUUCUCUUGACUUCUGGACUUUCAAAUUGGAAAACCUCCUGGGGUUUUCUGAAAUUCCUCUUGAAGAAUUGGAAGGAUUUGACAAAAAAGUUGAUGACAUGGCAUCUCAGUUGGAUACACUGUUAAGCAUUAUUGGUACUGUACCACAGCAAGCGGACGUGGAUUCUGGCUCAGCGCUCCAAGCAAAUAUAUUUAAAAUGAUUCAACAGUGGCUUUUGAAGAUAGACAACGAAAUUGACAACAGUAACAUUGAACUUCAGCGUCAUAUGGAUGAAUUGCAUGUGUCUAUGGUCCAGUGGAUGGUAAACUUGCUGAUUAAAAUGGUACCUGACUGUACUGAUCAAGACACUCUCCUGGUGUCUGAGGAGAAAAGUACUGAAACACAUGAUAUAGGAAUCGCAAAUUUAGAGCUAGACGCAGUUGCCCUGGCAAGAAAGUUGGCUCAAUACUGCAGCUAUUUGAGCAGUUGUUGCAAAGGGAUGGUACAAGCAAUGACUCUGAGUAAAACAGCCCACUUACAAAAAAGUCCUGCUCAAGAAUUUCAGGAGCUGGAUAAUAUGAAGAAAGAAUGUUAUGAUUGGAUCAGUACAUGUGCCCUUCUCCUUUCUGAAUUCAAAGGCAGAAAAAUAAUGUUAUUGCAGCCCAAAGAAGUAGAGAGCCUAUUUGGAGAGGAGUACUUUAUAAAAGAAUUUGUUGAGCCUGAAUUAGACAAAUCUUUUGAAGAGGAUGAAGAAAGUCAAGAAAUAAAGGAAGGAGAGAAAGCAGAAGAGAAACCUGCAACAUCUACAGAGAGUGAACAACUCAUUCGAGCCGUUGGAAUAGAUGAAAAUGUUCAUACCAAAACUCUGUUUGGAAGAGAUACAUUGACUUCCUGGAGAGAAGCAGCUGAUCAAGGUACACCGGCCCAAAAGAAUAAGUAUAUGGAAGCAAUGACUAUAAUUGAACAUAUGCAGGAGAAGUUACAGGAGGUUGAAAGCAGAGCCAGACAGGCAGAAGAGAAGUUUGAUGAGGUAAAUGAAAAACUUCAUUAUACCCUUAUAAAAAAUAAAGAACUGGAGAAGGAACUAGAAGACAUAUUCAUGAAGCCUAAAAAGAAGGAACCUGAAAGAGAAGAAGAAGAAAAUGAAGGAUACAAAGAUGAAGAAGACAAAGAAGAAGGAGAAGUUAGGCGAGUAGCUAGUUCCUCAAAAUCUCCAAAGAAAGAGGUACAGCACAAGGAGAGUGAUCACAGCUCUAAACCCAGACCCCGGACUAAAUCCAAUCACAAAAUCAAACCCAAGCAUCAUCCAUAGAGACCAGUGGCUCCCAAUGGCCACACCCACUGAACACAGCCCAUUGGAGAGCUGACAGUGUGGCUUAACGGGAGGGACUCCCUUUGCAACAGCUAUUAGAAAAGCCACGACACACAACCCAAGAGGAUUUUUUUCUUUAAAAGUCCCAGUGAUGGCUACAGGGAGUCAGUGCAUUAGUU